AUGGCCUCUAUUGUAGACGAGAUCGAGUACAAGCUCGACAAUGUCCCGGUCACCCCUGUACCAGCCGACAAGAUUGAUGGGACUUUCCGUUCAAGCACUAUUGACCUGAUCUCUGGGACAUUGGGCGGCAAGAUCCUGGCCUUCUCAGAUCAAUGGUUUGCCGAAGCCUCCAACCUCCUGACACCCACGCCCCCCAUCAGCCAGCCGGGCAAAAUGGUCUUCACUGGCGCUUGGUACGAUGGGUGGGAGACUCGCCGCCACAACCCAGAGCCCUUUGACUGGGUCAUUGUGCGCCUUGGUGUCGCAUCUGGUACUGUCGAGGGCGUGGAGGUGGACACUGCGUUCUUCAACGGUAACCACGCGCCCGCCGUCUCAGUGGAGGGCUGCUUCAGCAAGAACGACGAUGAGGUUGUCUCUUGGAAGGGCGGCCGCGGCAAGUGGGAGACUAUCCUGGGCGUGCAAGAGGGAGGUCCCUCGCAGCGCCUGGGAUGGAAGCUCAACUCGCCUACUGGCAAGCGGUACACUCACGUGAGGCUCAACAUGUACCCUGACGGCGGCAUCGCGCGUUUCCGUCUCUUCGGACACGCCGUGCCAGUCUUCCCCCAAGACACCAGUGCCGUCUUUGACCUCGCUGCUGCGGUCAAUGGAGGUGUCGCGGUUUCUUGCAGUGACCAGCACUUUGGCACGAAAGAUAACCUCCUCCUACCAGGGCGCGGAAAAGACAUGGGCGACGGCUGGGAGACCAAGCGCUCUCGAGGUGACCACAUUGACUGGGCUAUCAUCCGUCUGGGGGCGCCAGGCUAUAUCGAGAAGUUUGUAGUCGACACAGCACACUUUCGAGGGAACUUUCCGCAGAAGGUGGCGGUACAGGGCAUCAAUCACGAAGGGGGCGGCGACCCGGGCGCAGAUGCUGAAGGUUGGGUGGAAGCUGUCGCGUCGAGCAAAACGGGACCUGACCGUGAGCACGAGUUUGAAAGCGCCGCCAGCUCCAAACCCUUCACCCAUGUUAAGCUAAUCAUGAUUCCCGACGGUGGCGUCAAGCGACUAAGGGCUUAUGCUAUGGACCUUGGGGUGUCUAGCGCCGACGAGAGCGAGCAGAGGCCUCGCCCUCUUCCUGACGACUUGCCGAAAUCCCUGAACGAUCGACGGCAUGCCUCAAAGGAGAGCUAUGUGCCUGAUACGGAGUUGUACGACGGCUGGCAAGGAGAAUCACAAUUUCUCACAACACCCGCUUUGGCCAAGCCUCUCAAUUUUGGCAACCUGUCUCUCAACGAUUACGAAUACGAGAAAGACACAAGCAAUGCGCCCAAAGACAGCGACACUCGGCUGAUGGAGAUGCUGGCAGCGCAGGCGAACCACCUCUCUACCGAGCUAGAAGACGAGCAGGCUAUCAUCGAUAACGAGACGCUGUCCGAUUCGGAGAAGAAGGACAUGCUACAAAAGGCUUUGCAUACGGCGGCAAGUAACGGCGAUGUUGACAGACUCAACAAGCUUCUCGAUGGCAGCGCCAAGGACUUUGUGGAUGUCAACGCACCUGAUGAGGACGGUACGCCACCUCUGAUAUACGCUAGCUGUUUUGCUCUGAUCGCAAAGGGCGCCGAUGUCAACAAGCAAGACCGAAAUCAGUGGAGUCCUCUAAUGUGGGCAAUGACCAACCGACACAAAGGGAUCGCCAAGGCUUUGCUGGACAACGGUGCAUCAGGAGACCAGAGAACAUCAAGUGGUCGCACCGCCUUUGACUUCGUGCCGCCUGACAGCGAGAUGUCGUAUUAUCUCAGCAGCAACGGCUACAGUAUUGGCAAUGCCGGCAUGGAUGACGAUUUCUACAACCCAGGGUUUGGCCAAGACCGAUUUGAGGAGGAACUGGCCGAGAUGGAGACACGGAGAAGACUUAUGAUGGAAAGCGCUCGUGACCUAGAGGUUGACCUAGGCAAUGUAGGCAUGGACGACCAGCCAGAGCCCGUCGAAGAAUUCGAGGAAGAACAGCAGGAGUUCGACUGGAGUCGUUGUCUGCACGACCAGAUGUUUGUGUUCCAGGAGCACGAACUUGAUCAUAUCCUCGAUAUUGUCAUCACGAAGAUGACUCCUCAACGAUCACCGUCACAGAAGCCCGUCCCCGCCAACAUGAUCUUUCUCAGCGCACGGUAUGCCCACUAUCACUCAAGUCCAGAGCUUUUGGGUCGCCUGUUAGUGUCUGCCAUGGACCGGAUCAACGAUGUGGUGGAGCGAUGCCAAUGGGACAUGACGAUACUUGCGUUUUGGAUAUCGAACGCGACUCUGCUGUUGCACUAUCUCAAAAAGGAUGCAGGGCUUGUCGAAGCGACGGUCGAGUUUCAGGCGCAUCUCGCGGAAUUGAUCAAUGAGAUAUUUAUCCUUAUCGUCCGUGAUGCGGAGCGACGGCUGGACAAGGUGCUCGACCCGGCAAUGCUCGACCAUGAGACUAUCCCGGGAUUUGAGGAUAUCACAUUCCAGAACGAGUGGAAGAUCUUCAAACGCAAAACUACUGUGAAAGAGGAGCCUCUCGAGAAACGAUUUCGACCACCCUCGCCGAAGCAGCGCGCUAAACCAGCGCCCCGGAGUGUCACCUCGUUAUUGUCGUCAACCCUUUUCGUGCUAGACCUUUACGACAUUCACUCUGUGAUCACGGCGCAAAUCAUGUCGCAGCUCAUUUACUGGAUCAGCGCGGAGCUUUUCAACCGCAUCAUGUCGAAUCGGAAAUACCUCGCGCGAACGAAGGCCAUGCAAAUACGAAUGAACAUCUCGACGCUGGAGGAGUGGGUGCGGACAAAUAACCGGCAGGCUGAGCACUACGAGGCGGGGAAUACGGAGGCAACGGGCGAGACAACGGCGGAUGCCGCUCGCCAACACCUAGCACCGGUCAUACAGCUCCUACAGUGGCUACAGUGCUUCUCCUCGCUGGAUCCGGACGACCUCGAAGCACUGAUUGCGACCCUGCAACAACUCAAACGAUUAACACCACAGCAGCUGAUCCACGCGGUCAACCACUACAGACCCGAGGUCGGAGAAAAGGGGCUGCCGAAGAGCGCCAUGAAGUACUUGCUUUCCCUACAAAAAGAAGCGGCAAUGAAGCGGGAUCGGCGGCGAAGCAGGAAUAUGUCACCGAUGCCUGAUACCUCACCCGUGACGCCCGUCAAGGGCAAAAGGUCUAACAGUGCCCACCUAGAGACACCGGGAAGCAUUCAGGACACACCCGGAAACGACGGUCACGGCGGGUCAGAUGACGACGACGAUGCCCCCGAGCACCUUCUUAUGGACCCCGCCAUGAUGCUACCAUUCACGUUGCCUUCCGUCACAGACAUGCUCGUCUCCUACGGCGCGGGCUUAGGCGGUGUGAACAGGGAGAGAGAACGUAAGUAUAUACCAUCGGUGCCCCCCGAGUUCCUCGAAAAGCUCGAGGUCAGCGGUGCAAGGAAGGGGCCAAUGUUCGAAGAGAAGGACUGGGAGAAUGAGGAGGUCUGA